UCGUGUAAUGUACUCAAUUGCAUGGCGACAACACAAAAUUGUAUCAAAAUAAUCAAAACACAGCAUUGCCCGUGUGUUUAGAUUGCAAAAAAAACUUGGCAAAUGCACUACUGUUCGAACUAAUUUCCCAUUUAAACGUGUUUGUGCAGUGUUUUAUCGCAAAAAUUAUUGGUAGAUCGUCUGUGGAGAUGAAAAAACUGUGCACAAAAGAAAACAUAGUCACAUCGAAAAAGAAAGAGAUUUUAUUUCCAUUGGAAAUUAUUGUUCGUUUGUGUUGCAGAUCCGCAUGUUUUGAUAUGAAGUGGAAAAAGUGCAGUGAAAACGAAUGAAAACAUUACACAUAAUUCGAAUAGCGAAUAGUCCAGAAGAGAUUACAUUUAGCUGUGGUGUGUUUUUGUACAUAAAUAUAUAUAUAUACAGAUAGAGAUAAAUCGUGUACUCGACAGCGGCGGUGCAGUUUUACGCAUUGCAAUUAGUUUUCGUGCUCGGAUCAUAAAUAAAUCAAUCACCGAAUGCUAAAUAAAAUCGUGUGAUAGAAUUGUGCCGAUAUCAACGUGUACGUAUAAUGAAUGUGUGUGUUUCAGCUAUUACGGUUGCAUCAUAAGAAUUCGCAUGGCUGAUUUAUUUGUGUGCAACGAAUGCGACCUUUGAUUGUGCCUUUGCAUAUUGCACCAAACAAGCAGCUACACCAAAAAUAACAAGUAGCUAGUGAUACUUUAGUAGAAAGUAUAAUCGAGAAAAAAAAGAAACAAUGUCAACAACGUUGCCACAACGUAAUAAUGCCACAAUUGAUCCAUAUGCAUAUCUUCCAAUGUCAAAUAUACCGACUGCUCGCCAAAUGACACCACAUCAACUGAACAAUCCACAAGUACCACAAAAUCAUAUUGUAAAUCGUUUUGUGCCGGCCCAAGAGUCACCGUACGUUUUACCGGGUUACCAAAACAACAAUAAUAACAACAAUAACAAUCACAAUCACUCGCCAUUGCAUCACCAUCCAGUUAAUCAGAACGAUUCCAGUGACAAUAGUUCGCAACAAGGAUCCACCAUGCUGUAUACUGCGCUCUACGAUUAUGAGCCUCAAACCGAGGACGAGUUGUUGCUGAGGCGCGGAACAAUUGUUAUGGUUCUGACAAAAGAUAGUGCAAUAUCCGGCGAUGAAGGCUGGUGGACGGGCCAAAUUGGCGAUAAAGUCGGUAUAUUCCCAUCGAAUUAUGUGACAGAUCGUGAUCCAAUGAUGGCUGAGAAUCUACCGGAAAUCAUUGGCGGAAUUCAGCCACUCGAAAUUGACUUCAGAGAGCUUACACUCGAAGAGAUCAUCGGUGCUGGUGGCUUCAGUAAAGUGCGACGCGGGUAUUGGGGACAAACUGAAGUUGCGAUUAAGACUCAAAACCAAGAAGAAAACCAAGACAGAACGCUUGAAAGCGUAAUGAAAGAAGCGAAAUUGUUUUGGUCGUUAAAACACGAGAAUAUCGUUUCGUUGCAUGGUGCCUGUCUUACACCUCCAAACUUUUGUCUGGUUAUGGAAUUUGCGCGCGGUGGCCCAUUGAAUCAAGUUCUGGCCAAACACAAAAUACCACCGGACGUACUCGUCGGAUGGGCAACACAAAUCGCACGUGGCAUGAACUACCUACAUAGCGGCGCUCCAAUAUCGGUGAUACACCGUGAUUUAAAAAGUUCAAACGCGUUUUAAAGAAGACGAGCUGAAGCGGAAACAGAUCCAACAACACGAAACAGAGCAAAAACUGCGCAAACAAAAAGAGGAGUUGGAUGCACGCGAACUAGAUCUACUGCAUCGUGAACUGGAAAUGAUGAUUAUUCAGAACACACCGCAACCGCUGAAACGACGCGGCAAAUUCAGCAAAUCAAGACUAAAGUUAUUAAAACGAGAUUCGGGACAAAUUUCGUCUCCGUUGGACUUCCGACAUACACUGACGGUGGUGAACUGCACAGUCAAAAACGAUGCCAGUUUGCAUGGUACGCCGCCCGGUUCACCUGCCACCUCAAGAUUCCGUGUUGCACUACCGGCUGAUGGUAUAAAAGGAAAAACAUGGGGUCCAUCUACGACGCAUCAAUCACGUGUGCGCGGCUACUUACCGGCUUUAAGUCAAACAUCGACCCAAGAUCCGUUGCAUUUUAGUAAAAGUGCGCCAAACUUGGAUAAAUCCCGACCAGCCGGAAAUGAUUCACCGACCAACGCAUCCUCGUCACACAAUAAUUUUUUAGAUGAAUGGUGUUCAGGUAACGAUUCACCGUUAAAUGCGUCACUAAAUCACUUAUUGCCAGCACAAAAAAAUAUUCCAAUGCCAACGCUGUAUUCAACACCAGAAGGUCAACAACGGAAACCAGCAAAAACAUCAAUCACACAACUGGUAUUCUAUAAUGUGGCGUCUAUAUUGGCCUCUGUUGCUGCUGGAUAUGAUGUUCGUAUGUCAAAUGUGUCGCCUGUACAUCCGAAACUUCAACCGCAUGUGAUGCUGAACGGUAGCGAAGAGAAUGGCGACGGCGACAAAUAUACGGAACGCGCUGAUCGCGGGCACAAUGAAUAUGGUACUCCACAACGUACUUUCCCGCAUAACACAUACCAUGGGCCGACGAAGCACGUAAGGUCAAAUUUAUCGUCACUCACCGGAAUGAAUGAGGAACGGUCGUUACGAUUUACCGACUCAUAUUUAACAUCGACAAUUUCGACAACGAGUGGCCUGGGUUCGAACUAUACAACUAACACAUCCGGGUCAAGCAACACACAGAACACACCAUCACCAAGAAGAAAGACUGGCUCAAACUCUUUUGUUGAUGUUGCCGAAAUACCCGAACAAGAAGCCAACGAAAAUCCUGCUGCGCUCUACAAUCAGAGUCAGAACACCGUUGGUAAUUACUCGGAUUACCGAUUGUCGAAUCAAAGCACACAUUACUUUAAUCGAAUACCAAAUUAUGGUGCGGAAGAUAGUUUGGGAGCACAUCGAAAUUAUGGAUACUUUGGGUCUAAUUACUUUCCUACGUAUCAUCCGGAGAUCAAUCCAGCGUUCGAAAGAGAUUACAAGUCGUACCCUGAUUAUGAAACUACUGCUUAUCAUCAAUACCGUGAACCAUACCACAAUUCAACGAACCAGAGCUACUUGAACUACGUGAGAAAUAUGGGCACCAUGACACCGGCGCGAAAACCUCUAAUGGGAAUAGCGGCUUCGCAUCAUCGUCGCACAUUGUCGAGCAUCUCGGCUAAUGUUAGUUAUCCACAGGCUGAACUGGAUGAGACAAAACCAAACUAUCAAUACGGACGCAUAAAUCAAAUGCCAAAUCGAAAGACGUCUACUUCACCGAUAAAUUACGCAAAUACACGAAUGCGAUCCUACGAAAAUGUACCAUUUUCCCGGCCACAUGACCUGAGCCACAGUUAUUUACACACAUCGGCUACUGCUAAUGAGUCUAAUUCCACACAAUUCGAACGACCGGAUAGUUUGCCAUUUGAUAUUGGUGUAAAUACGAAAUUGCGUUCGAGCUUACGUAAAUAUUCAAACCCAAGUCCUCGCUUUGGCACUAGUAGUUUAGUCAGUCAACCGCAACAGCAACUACAACAACUGGCAAUACCACACAAGACGAGUCCAACCAAAACAACUCCCUCGGAUAGUCUGACCAGUGAUGACAGUUCUUAUCUGAGUGCAAGAGAAGGAUCGAUAUCAUCGCAAAGUCGUGUUCGAUUCAGUCCAGAAACUUUGCUUGACCAACCCUCAAGCACAACAUCCGUUAACACUCCGUUAAGACGCUUGUCUCGAUCACAGCGACAUAGCAUCAGCGAUAUGCUUGCACCUAGCACAUCCUCCUAGCAUUUUAUGCAACAAUGGAAAACUGGAUGGAGCCGAUCGCGAUCAACAAAUCGCUUUUAAAUUGAAUUUCGAACAGAUUUUCUUCGUACGUACUCACUUUUUUGAACAUUUGGUACAAUUACAUGCGUGAAUUUUCCCAUCAGCGGUGGCAAUGCUUAAAACGAUACAAAAAAAAACUAAUUACACAGAAACAUUGAUGCUCAACCGUGGAAGGGCAAACUGUACAUAUUAUUCGCUUUUUCAUAAAGUUUUUAGUAAUUAUGAAGCAAGCAAACAAAAGCCAAUGCCAAACUCGAAAUCAACUUUUUACAUUUGCACUGAAGCGGGUCUAGCUGUAAAUUUGUAAGAAAAAAACAAGAAAACCUUUGCGGCUUUCAUUACGAACCCCAAUAAUUUAUUACUUUUGAUAUGAUUUUCGCAUCCUCGAACGGUGAAUUCUACGAAGUGAAUUGGACACAGAAACGAAUUAUGCGAAUAUUUUGCGUUAAUUUUGAUCUUUUACUUCACCAAUACUCGAUCGAAUCUUACAAGCAAUACUCAAAAAUGUUGAAAUUCAACACGUAAUGAAAACAAAAUUCCAUUUUAUAUUUAAGAACAUAGAAAAAAAGAAACAAAAUCAAACAAAAACAAUUCGAAAGGUGUGAUGCACAAAAUCAACAUUCCAAAUUUAAAUGACGUUUUCUAGAGUUUUUUAAAAUUAAAUUUUGAUUUCCAAACUUUUAAACGUUACCAUGUAUUUUAAAAUUGCAGAUUUCAACUGAUAAAUUCGGUUGGAUGAAUGACAUAUUUGAAUGUCGCACUACCGCUUCAAUAUAAGCAUUAGAUAAGAUACUUGGUUUAAAUUUUGUACGAAUUAAAGCGUCAUUUCAAUUGAACGAGUGGCCCAAUCGACCAAAAACCAAGGGAACAAUUACUACUGAAAACUGGUUUUCAGUACCUUUUAGUAUCACGAAGAUAUUUUCAGUAGGUUAUCAGUUGUUUUCAGUACUUUCAGUCAAUUCGGUAGUAAUUCGCCCUUGCCAAAGACCGAUAACGUUUACGGGAUUAAGAGAUUCGUUGGAAUAAAUCAAAAAUCGUGUUUAGCAAAGAGGAAAACAGAUUUACAUUCUUAUUACGACACACGUUAUAAGCCAUCACAAUACACUUUAUCUCGUGAGGUUUUCCGCAGUAAUUUGAAAAAAUAAUAAUAGAAUAUAUAUAGAAAUUGUUUACCGGAAGUGGCAAUAAAAUGAGUGAUAUAGAUAACAUAGCGCAUAUCACGGUUGAAGUUGAUAUAUUCACAAUUGAAUCGGUAAGAAUAAUCUUGACCUGCCAAAUUGAGUGAAA